UUGAUACUGCUGUUCGUUGCCUAUGCUUUCGCCGAACAAACGGAAAAUGCUGGCGGCGAUCCAGCAGCACCAAAAGAGAAGAAUUAUCGAAAAUAUAUCGCAGAGCAAGACUUCAAGCUUCCAUUCAAAACGCGAGUUAGUGAACCUUUCGUUGUCGGGCAGACCAUCCAUGCUGUAGGAACACUGGCAGAAAAGCCGACGAGAAUUGACUUCAACUUCCACAAAGGACCCUCAAAGGAUGCUGAUCUUCCAUUGCAUUUCUCCAUCCGAUUUGAUGAGGGUCAGAGCAAAGCUUCAUUAUCCACAACCUAUCGAGUUUCUUAUUUUCUAGGGAUUUUCUCGGGCAAAUUUGUUUACAAUACCUUCAAGGAUGGUAACUGGUCUGAGCGCGAACAACGUAUCUCUAAUCCCUUCAAAGCUGGCCAAGAAUUCGAUCUCAGAGUUAGAAUUCUUGAGGGAAAAUUCCAGGUAUUUGCCAACCGUGUUGAAGUCGGAACAUUCGAGCAAAGACAACAACUUGAUGGAAUUGACCAUGUCUCUAUUCGUGGCGAUUUGACCAAGCUCCGUCUCUUCCACUAUGGUGGUCGAAUCUUCCCUAACCCCUACAUG